ACAUUAUGCAGUCAGAAACACAGAUGGAAGACUUUCUUGUAGAUUUUCUCCUUGAGUGAAAGCAUCAUCUAAGGCUUUACCAUGAAGACUACUGUUCUUUUGUUUACUGUGGUGCUCAUAGCUGCGUUGUCAGAGUGUGAGAUGGUCAAGUUUGGUCAGCUGUGCAGCGGCAACUCCAGUAACAGGAGGAGGACAGGAGACAGAUGGGGACAAGGACACUACGGCGCACGCAGAGGAGACCGUGUGCAUCAGGGCCUGGACAUUGUGUGUAAUGAUGGGGACACAGUGUACGCUCCAUUUGACGUGAAACUCAAUGGGAAAGUGAUCGUGUACACAGACCCGAAGAAGGCAGCCAUCAACGAGGGGAUCAACCUCAGUGGAGAGGGUCUGUGCUUUAAGCUGUUCUACGUAAAGCCUGACAAGUACUCUGGGGUGGUGAAGAAGGGCCAGAGGAUUGGGACCCUGCUGACCAUGCAAAGUGUCUACCCAGGGAUCACUUCUCACGUCCACGUCCAGAUGUGUGACAAGUCUGACCCCACCAAGUUCUUCUAAUGGAGUCCCUUUUGGCCUCUCCUUCAAUCAAUCAAUCAAUUAACUAAAUGAUUGUAAUCAUUGGCCAAUAGAUGGGCUUACUGUGUUAAAAAAAAAGUGCUUAUUAUUAUAAACAUUUUUAUUACAGUAAAAAUACAUACAUGUUGCACACUUUUGGAAUAAAGUUUUACAUUAACCCUAUAAGCAUCAACAGGGGGAAAUUUAUUUUUAUAUCCUUUUAUGCAACUAGUUACAGACAUGACAUGAUGAUUUCUGUGUUAAUAUAUAAUUUCUGUGGUAUAAAUAUAUAUAUAUAUAUUAUAUAUAUAUAUAUAAUCUCUUUUUUGUAUACUAGUUGUAUAUACUAGUUGUAUGUGGCUAAUCUGACAAUGUGGACUCAAUAGUAAACUUUGUGAAAAAAACAUUAUAGAUUUAAAACAAAUACAUGUCUGUCAUUGAACAACCCCAUACCAUGACUAGAUGGUGGAAAAAACACCCAUCUCUUUAAUAAGUUCUUUAGACAAUAAAAGCUAAUUUACCAACAUUUCGGAAAAUUUGGAAUGAAACUUCUAUUGAUCAAAAUAACUGUUUCAAACAUGAAAAACAUACUAAAAUGUAUAUUUUUAAACAUGAAAUUUGACUAUAAAUGUGUGAAAAUGUAAAAAUAUAUGCAUAUUUUGGGGAAUUUAAACCAUUAGCUUGUGUUACAAAAGAUUAAUAAAAGAAAAAGUGUUACUGUUUGACAGAAAAUGUCAUUUUGCCAUCAUUUCCAAUUUGGGGUCAAAAUUGACCCAUGUUGGUGCAUUUAGGGGUCAAAAUAUGUUGGUGCUUUUGGGGUAUUAACAACAAAAUAAAUACAUCAUAAAUCAUUCCUAAUAAAUAAUGUCUAUUUUUGUA